AUGAGGCAUUUGGCUAAAUUGGCCCCGGAAGACCUCAUAGUGCAUUGUUUUGUGCUCAACCAUCGUGGCGAGUUACGAAAAGACAGCUGUGCAAAAAACUAUUCGUCCGUCUGCGUAAACGCAACUGUUCACGACACUAUAUCGUACAUUGGACAAGAUUCGUUGGUGCAAAACUACGAUCCGACGUCAUCUAGCACACCCGUGGCAUCAUCCGCGGUUACUUCAGAAAUUGUGACGUCACAAGUUACGUCUUCCGGUCUGCUAGCCGAAGAAGAGGCAGAGGCGUCGUCUAUUGUUACAGGGGUUGUAUCAGCGCUUAGCUCAUGUGUGGUCGUACUGAUCUUCAUCAUCGCUGGUAUGUGCAUCAAGAGGAAACAAGGGAACAACACUAGAAUUAUCUUUCAACAGAACGAGCUUGUACAGCCCUCGAUAGUUCCGCAGGAUGACAGAAAAGCAUCUGUACACUGCCUUGGUGGGACCCAGCUUCAUGUCAACAGAAACGUCUUCUGUAAUUGGUCGAAUAGCCAAUAGGGACUUUCACGUUGAGACACAGUUUGAAAUGUCAGAACGACAAGAGAACAAUUACGACGAACCUGAAAAUGACGAUCCAGGGGACACAAACUACGAUGAUGUCGAAGUGUUGGAAAAAGACAUACCAGGACAGACAAACACCGAAUCCGAGGCCACAACGUCGUAUUCGUUUGUUAAAUAAGGUUGGAACGAACUACGCUAAGAAAGGUCAAACUUACCCGGAUGUAAUCCAGCGCAGCUCAUUCCCGAUUACGGUGACUCAUCCUCUUAAGAUUCGACCCCCUCAAUCCCUAAACACAAAUUGCAUCUGAAAUCGAUCACAUAACGGAAAUACGACACACACACGCAUUGGCAAAAUGAUAACGCAGGUUUGAAUAGUCGUGAGAUUUAUGCUACACACUACCUACUCCUACGUUAAAUAUUAACUUAGAAACAAAAAUGGAAAUGAGUAUAGUGUACUAAGAAUUUAAUUUCGAAUAAAACGUCGACAAAUUAAACAAAAAUGUUUUAACAACUUGUGUGAAAUAACUAUGUAAAUUUGUGAACAAUGUAACUUAAAAACACAAAUUCCAUGUAAUAAUGUACGUAAAUUAUGAUAUAACAAACGUGUUGAGCUAUUAAAAUCAUACAAAUUGUAAUUUUCUAAUUGGUGUAGUUGUGUUUUUUGUUUUGUUUUUUUCCUUUGUUUUUCCCUCAUUAAAUUAUCCUCAAUAGUUAAUUGUUGCAUAUACAAACCUUUAGUAUGUGUUUUGUAAAUAUAACUAAAAGAUAUCUUUGGGUUUAUUUUCUAAUACAGAUUUCUUUGUAUUGUAGUGUCACUGCCAUGUUUCACCCUAAACAUCAUAAUAAUGUAAAUAAUAAAUAAACAUUUUGAAACAGGCAUUAUACGAAAAUGGUAUAUUAUUCAUUUCCUUGAUCAAGUAAAACCUUUUUUUUUUAUCUAAAAUAUUUACUUCAUUAAUAUAUGUGAUAUGUAACAUGUAUAAAUCAUUAUUAGUCAGUCAUAUAAUGUGUGUGUUUUGUAAAUAUUCAAAAUAUAUAUAUGUUUGUUUUCAUUUCCUCAUACUUAUUUUUGUAUUGUAUUUUAAUAGCCAAGUUCCUCCUGAAACAUGAUAAAAAAGUAAAUAAAAUAAAAAUUCUGAAACGAGCAUUAUACGUAAAUGCUAUAUUAUUUAUUUACUUGACCAUGUUAUCUUAAAUACUUACUCCAUCAAUACAUGUGAAAUAUAGCAUAUACUAAUUAUUAUUAGCCGGGUAUAUAAUGUAUGUGUUAUGUGUAUAUUGAAAGCAUGGGAAAAUAUUGCCUUUUGUUCCUUACAUAAGAUCUAUCUGUCUUUCAUGCUGUCGACAACAAACAACUUUCCGACUUAGUUCAUACUAUGAUUAAGAUCAGUUGAAACUUAGACAAAGACCAUAUAAUGUAGUGUCUAAAAUAGGGGAAAAUACAGGUUUCCUCCGUGCAUAUAAACAUUAGCUUUUAUG